AGCUCUCCCCUCAGUCUGCAGGACAGCGAGCACCACAGACCCCCCCUCAGACCCCCUCAGCCCGGGGUGACCCGCUGAAGGACGCCACAGAGUCCGGAGCAGAGGAGCGGGUCUCCAUCAGGACUCUGGAUUUCUCCUGUUUUUGUUUGUAAAGUGAAGAAGCUCUCAGAUGAGUCACCGCGGGGGGGCUCACGUCACUUCGUGGCUCUGCGGGUCUGCAGGGUCUCUGAUCGGUCCGCGUGCCUCGGUCACCUUCUCAACGAUGUCUCGUGGUGACGCGCGCGGAGCAGAGUGCGCGUGAGUGUCGGACAGAGUGUGUGUGAGACUGUGAGUGAGUGUGAGUGUGUGAGAGAGAGAGUGAGUGUGUGUAUGUGAGUGUGUGUGAGUGUGUGUGUGUCUCAUGCAGGAUGUCCGCGGAGCCCCGGGUCCAGCUCAGCCCGUCUUCAUGACGCUGUGGGCGGCCUUGUCAUGCGUCUCCUGCCCGCGCCCAGCGCCCAGUCCCUCCGGCUCCUGUUCCUCUUUAUCUUCGUGAUGGGGGUCACCCCCUCCCCGGCUCUCACGGCCGGAUGUCCGGACCGCUGUGUGUGUGACGACCAGCUGGUGGUCCAGUGCGCCGGGCAGAACUUGGUCCUUUUCCCGGCAGACCUGCCUCUGGCCACGCGGCAGCUCAUCAUCUCCAACAACCGGAUCGGAGACCUGCCAGCUCUGCAGCUCAACUACCUGUCCGACCUGGUUUACCUGGACUGCAGCAACAACUCUCUGAGCGAGAUUUCAGAGUCCACGUUCGGGAACCUGCGGAAGCUGGCCUACCUGGACCUGUCCUUCAACGCGCUGAUGCAGGUCGAGGACCGGACUUUCGGGCCGCUGGCUUCUCUGGUGAUGCUGAGGCUGACGGAUAACCCGAGUCUAGGGGAGGUCCACCCGGACGCCUUCUCGGAGAACCUGGCUCUGCAGGUCUUGGACUUGAGCCGGAACAACCUGACGGUCCUGAACAUCAGCAGCCUGAUCGCGCUGCCGGCGCUGCGCUCUCUGGGACUCAGCGGGAACCCCUGGAGCUGCGACUGCGACACCGAGGACCUGUGCCUCUGGGUCCAGAUAGAGGGCUACAAGUUCCAAGAUGAAGGUCAGACGGUGUGCAGCAGUCCUCCGGAGCUGGCGGGUCAGCGGCUGGCGGAGGUGGGGAUGCAGCUGCGGGCCGACUGUCACCAGGGUCUGGGAUACUGGGACUAUCUGUUCUUCAUCGCCAUCGGCUUCGUCAUCUUCUCGGCCGGCACGGUGUCGGCGUGGGUGAUGGGCGUGCUCAUGGUGCUGUACGAGCGCUACAGCAAGAGGAAGAGCGAAGAGCUGGACAGUGACGAUGAGGAG